AUGGCGGUCCUCAAGGCCAAGAUGCCAGCCUUGUGCUUGCUCUUGCUCAUGGCACUCCUGUUGUUUCCUGGAUCUGAAGGCAAGACUUGCUCGGAGGUCAGCAGGACCUACACUCCUCUCUUAUGUGGGGAUGACACAUGUGCUACUCACUGCCACAAGGAGGGCUUCCCAGGAUCGAAGUGUGUGAUCACCUCCUUCGACCCUCCCUUUUCAAUCUGCCUCUGCAAGAAACCUUGCUGA